GACACACACAGAGAGAGCUAACUGGAUUAAGGUUCUUUUACAUUUAUUUCAGGUCCAAAAAAGUCACAAUGCCUAUCGACAUCAGGGACGUGAUGCAGCUCCUCUGCCAUAUUUCUGAAGAGCGAAAAAUGAAAGCAGCCUUCAAGCACUCCGGGCGAGGCGCCUUGGUGGUGGGAACGACAGCUUUCUUCGGUGGUUUGAUGGCAGGCCCGCCUGGCCUUGCUGUUGGAGGUGCCAUUGGUGGCUUGCUGGGGGCCUGGAUGACCUCCGGACAGUUCAAGCCCAUUCCUCAGAUUAUCCUGGAACUGCCUCCUGUGGAGCAGCAAAGGCUUUACCAAAACGUCUGUGCCAUUAUUCAGAAUCUGGACUGGACCGACGUAGCCCAGCUCACAGCCUUGGUCAUGGCCAACGGUGCCCUUCAAGAGAAAGUGCUCGGAGUCCUGACAAGCUACAUCACCACUGAACUCAGAGGGGAGAUCCAGUAUGGAAACUAGACCCGGAUGUGUGUUUCAUGGGGUUGUGAGUGCCUGUGGCUCCCUUCUGACCCCUUUUCUCUGGCGUUUUAGAUUAUCUUAAGAUCACGGUUUUAAUAGGAAUAAGAAGAUGGCAACCGUGCAUUUUUCUUUUACCCCGAAUAAUCUGUUUGGGAAAAUGAACAAGGCAAGCUUUGGUUUGCCCAUUCUGGUUUUGUUAUUUUCUCUUUCAUAAUUAGUCCCUAUUUCAACAGCCAAGGGUGGAUCGGUUUGAGCCACGAUGUCCACCGUAUUUAUUUAAAAAUCUAUUUAUGCCACCCCAAAAACUGGAUUUGGAGUGCCUUGCUGAGUAAGUACCUCUCAUUCAUCGGACCUCAGAAGCAGUGGCCUCUGUACCAGUGACGCCUUCCAAGAAAGUGCCACCAUUACGUCCUUGCAUUGCAGUCAAGGAUGUAAGUCAUGGCGUUGGAACUAGGAUGACAUCCCCAUUUGAUGCUCUUUGAUGUGCAUCGUUCUAGAUGAAUAAUGAUACACUGCACAGGUGUCAGCCUUUCCUGCCCAGUUACAAGGGUGGGAAUCUAUGACCAAUUGUCCUACCCAAGUACGUUCUUUGGCUGGAGAGAGAGAGGCUGGUGGAUAACAUAUCUUCAGGAUACCAAGUUGGAGAAACCUAAUGUAGAUAACUGCACUGUGAUUGAAUUAUGUAGUGCCCUCUUGGCCAUAUUUGAAUGAUCAAAUUACUUGAAAUUUCUCAGGGGGGGUAUGAUCUUCUCCACUGGAUGUGUUUCUUCUCCUGCUGCCUUAAUUUUGAGAGGGUGAAGGAGUGAAAAGUUGAAAUAGUCCGAAGCUGAAAAUGUAACAGAUGAUUCACUUUAGGUAUUUCUCCUGAAGAUAAAAUAAAGCUGAAUUUUAAUGUGUUUCA